ACCCAGCUGGACCAGCGACUCCGGGCUGAGUCCACAUGUGUGUGCCGGCCCAGAGCGCCGUGGAGUCGGUCCUGGUCCGGAUGGAUUUCCCUGGGACUUUGUGUCGUCCAAAAGCUAAUGCUAAUGAGCUAAAAGUGCUUUCUAUGAUGUAUGCCGGUCAAGUGUCCUCCAGGACGGACUGUAGUCCGUUCAGACCGGGUCCGAAUCAAGUCCUGGUCCUGCUCGGCUCGAGUCCAAACUCCCACAUCAUUGUGCUGCUGCCGGAAGUCCCCGUCCGCCGGGGGGCGCUGUGUCGGGGACCCCGGGGCAGCAAGGCGGGCCCGGGGCUCCCAGCGGUGUCCGCCGGUGGACGUGGCGUCAGCCUCCAACUUCGGGCGCUUCCAGUUGCGCCACUUCCACUUGGACCUGCGCCUCAACUUCGCCAUGAAGGAGAUGAGCGGCUGGCUGGUCCUGGACCUGGUGCCGCUCCAGCCGGGGGUCCACACCCUGGUCCUGGACUCCCACCCCUCCUUGCUCAUCCACGCCAUAGACUGCAAGCUCCCCGCCUCCCCGCAGGAGGAGCCGGCCUCCCUCACCUACCGCGUCGACCCCUUCGCCGAGUAUGGCUCCGCCCUCAACAUCGCCCUGCCCGACGCCGCCCUCAAGGCGGGAACGCUGCUCCAAGUCACGGUCCGCUACACCACCACCGACGGCCCGGCGAUCUGGUGGUUGGACUCGGAGCUGACUUGCGGCCAAGGCGGUCCUCUGGUUUUCACCCAAGGCCACUCGGUGUGCAACCGUUCCUUCUUCCCGUGUUUCGACACCCCGGCGGUGAAAAGCACGUACACGGCGUCCAUCAGGGUCCCGGAAGGCGUGACGGUGCUGAUGAGCGCGUGUCGGAGCUCCUACUCGAAACAGGACCGGGUCUUCCAGUUCUCCAUGGACUUCCCGGUGCCGUCCUACUUGGUGGCGUUGGUGGCGGGCGAGCUGCAGCACGUAGACGUCGGUCCGAGGAGCCGCGUGUGGGCGGAGCCGUGCCUGCUGUCCUGUGCCGUGAAGAAGCUAGGGGGCAGCGUGGAGCGCUGGCUGGGCGUGGCCGAGGAUCUGUUUGGAGCCUACCUGUGGGGCAGGUGCGACAUCGUCUUCCUGCCCCCCUCCUUCCCCAUCGUCGCCAUGGAGAACCCCUGUCUCACCUUCAUCAUCGCCUCCAUCCUCGAGAGCAGGGACUUCCUGCUGAUCGACGUCGUCCAUGAGAUCGCGCACGGCUGGUUUGGUAACGCCGUCACCAACGCCACCUGGGAGGAGAUGUGGCUCAGCGAGGGUCUCGCCACAUAUGCCCAGCGCAGGAUCACCGCAGAGGCCUACGGCGAGGCGUUCACGUGUCUGGAGAGUGUGGUUCGAUUGGAAGCUCUGCACAGACAGCUGCGUCUCCUUGGAGACAACAACCCCGUGAGCAGGCUGCAGGUCAAGUUGGAGCCAGGUGUGAACCCCAGCACUUUGAUGAAUCUCUUUACCUACGAGAAAGGUUUUUGUUUCGUGUCCUACUUGUCAAAGCUGUGUGGCGACGUCAGACGCUUCGACUGUUUCCUUCGGGACUACAUCUCGGAGUUCAAGUUUCAGAGUGUCCUGGCUCAGGACCUCAUCGACUACUUCCUGGAUUAUUUCCCCGACGUCACACAAGUGGAAGGUCUGGAUUUCCAGCGCUGGCUGAACGGCUGCGGUCCGCCGCCUUAUGAGCCCGACCUGUCAGCGGGGGGCGCUCUGACGGGGCCGGUGCAGGACUUGUGCCGCCUGUGGACCAGCGGGGACCACCUGGACCUGCAGGCUGUAGCCACCUUUGACCUUUCAACCUGGUCCACCUUCCAGAUCGUCCUCUUCCUGGACCGCAUGUUGGACCACGCCCCUUUGUUGCCUGAGGUGAUGUCCAGGCUGUCCAAUCGUUACGCGCUGCUCUUCGACGGCCUUAACGCGGAGGUUCAGGUGCGCUGGCUGCAGACGGUCGUCCGUAGUGUUUUCUAUCCUGACCUGCCGCGACUUCGAGCCUUCCUGCGCAAACACACGUCCAGGAUGUACACGGUGCCGCUGUACGAGGAGCUGGCGGGCGGACCCAUGAAGGGCGUCGCCGUGGAGAUCUUCCAGCAGACGCAGCGGCGCCUGCACCCCAACCUGCGGCGCUCCUUACAGCAGCUCCUCUUCCAGGGCGCCUCGGCCCCGCCCGCUCAGAACGGCCCCGCCCUCGCCGUCACCUCAUUACGGGACGUCAACGUGUCGGCGUGACGCCGACAGAAACGUGGCAACUACCAGCACCUCAAAGAUGACCUUUUAAAAAAAAAAAAAAAAUUGAUUAUUAAUGAGGACCCACUUCUGGUGAUGAUGAUGCCUUCACUGUAGCUGGGACAUGACAGUAUCACUGGUGCUCUACUUGAAAUGAUGCAAUCAGCCCACAUGACUGUUAGCAAAAAAAAGUUUUUUUCAGUCGCUGAUCAAUAACAGUGAAUGAACUCGUGUGCUCACAUAUUGAUUGAUUUUGGUCGAUCGUAUUUUUGCCUUCAAGUGCUCGUCCUCUUUGCAGUGCUAAACUAAGCUAGGCUAGCAGUGCUAAGCUAGGCUUUUUUUUUUUUUUCAAACUUUAUUUAAAUAAUAUAGUACAGAUUUUUAACAAGCAGAAAAUACAAAUAAACCUGUGUGUUAAAUGUUUUCAAAAUAAGUAGAUACAGAUUAUUUUUGCUAAACUAGGCUAGCGGUGCUAAUAGCUGGGCUUGUUUUUUUUUCAUACUUUAUUAUGGAUAUGUUAACAAGAAAAUAAAAACAAACCUGUCUUACAUAUUUUCAAUAUAAGUACAUACAAAUUGUUUAUGCUAAAUUGGCUAGCGGUAAUAUAGUACAUAUAUUGGAACUAUCAAAAAAUAUAAAAUAAAAUGUCUAUUACACAUUUAAAAUAAGUACAUACAGAUUGUUUUGCUCUACUAAGCUAGCAAUGCUAGUAGAUGGGCUUUUUUCCCCUCCAAACUUUAUUUCAAUAAUAUAUUACAGAUAUGUUAACAAGAAAAUAAAAAUAAAGCUGUCUUACACAUUUUCAAAAUAAGUACAUACAAAUUGUUUAUGCUAAAUUGGCUAGCAGUACUAAACUAGCGGUGCUAAACUAGGUUUUUUUUCCCCUCAAAGAAUUUCACUAAUAUAGUACAUACAUUUUAACUAUCAGAAAAUAUAAAAUGUAUGUUACACGUUUUCUAAAUAAGUA